CCGGUUAAAAAUGCCAACUCGAAAACUUUUCUUCGAACUUGUAAUGUAACUUGCGGCAACAUAACAGAUGUUCUCAUGCAAGAAAAUGUUCUAACGAUUGUUUGUGCUAAUUCUACCACCGUUUAUGGUUUACCUCGUUAUUGUGAAGUACUCAGGAGGCUUGACAAUUCUCACAACAAAGUUGAAAAGUUAGACAGACAAUAUGGCUGAUACAGGGGUCCUUGCAAGUGCUGCAAAAGCAGCAUCAUAUAACAUGGUGCUCCAGCUCAUCUUUAGGGUGCUGACCUUUGUGCUGAAUGCGUUUGUUUUACGCUAUAUCUCUAAAGAUCUCCUGGGUGUCGUUAAUGUCAGAUUAACUUUACUUUACACUACAGUGGUGUUUAUUGCCAGAGAGGCCUUUAGACGAGCAUGUUUGAGUAAAAAUACUGAAGGAAAGUCAACACAAUUGAUCAACUUAUUGUGGCUUACGACACCAAUUGGAAUCAUAUUUACCCUUGUUUUUGCAUCACUCUGGAUUUAUGUGCUUGAACAACCCGAUCCAUCAGUAGUUCCAAACUACUCACUAGGUGUCAUUUUCUUUGCUGUGUCGGCCAUCUUGGAACUUUUAUCAGAACCAUUAUGGGUGAUAAGUCAGACAUUCCUGUUUGUUCGCUUGAAGGUAAUUGUUGAAGGUGUUGCCAUAGCGACAAGAUGUAUCCUCACAGUUGUCCUCCUCAUCUUGUUUCCUCAGUGGGGAAUCCUCAUCUUCUCAAUUUCUCAGAUUGCAUACACUGCAGUACUUACAGGGUUAUACUAUGCCUACUUCAUCUGGUGUAUUACCACCAAAACACAAGAGGAACACAAACUUCCCUUUAAAACAAUCAGGGACUUAUUUCCAAAAUGGCUUCCAAAUGAUGUACUUAUAGACUGGAACAUGGCAAGUCUGACAUGGAGCUUUAGUAAGCAGUCAUUUCUCAAGCAGAUUCUUACAGAAGGGGAACGCUAUGUGAUGACGAUGUUUAGCAUCCUCAGCUUUGCAGAUCAAGGUAUCUAUGAUGUCAUAAACAAUCUUGGAUCUCUAGCAGCUCGUUUUAUAUUCUUGCCAAUAGAGGACAGUGGCUACCUGUUUUUCACGCAACUUCUUCAGAGAGAAAUUAACAUAAAUGAUCAGAAGCCUGAUUCAUUGAAGCUUGCAACUAACGUGCUAGAAUCUCUACUAAAAGUUGUCACAUUGAUUGGGCUGACAAUUCUUGUAUAUGGACACAGUUACUCGUAUCUUUUGCUGGAUAUAUAUGGGGGUUCUCUACUCAGCUCAGGGACUGGUCCCAUGCUGCUACGCUACUACUGUGGUUAUGUUCUAAUGCUGGCCAUUAAUGGAAUAUCAGAAUGCUUUGUGUUUGCAACCAUGAGCAAGGUGCAAGUUGAUAAGUAUAACCACAAAAUGCUGUUAUUCUCGUUGGUUUUCCUGACAUCAUCGUGGUAUUUGACAUCCCUGUUGGGUAGCGUGGGUUUUAUACUUGCCAACUGCUGUAACAUGGGAGCUAGGAUCUGCCAUAGUGUUUUUUACAUCUGGAGAUUUUACAAAGACAGUAGUUUCCGUCCAUUGCAUGGUCUUCUCCCUAGCACCACAGUGAUGGUGGCAUACAUUAUAGCUUUCAUAUCUACAGUUAUAUCAGAAAAAUAUCUCUGCUGCCAGCAUAGUGUCUUGUCCAAGUUGCUACAUAUCUGUAUAGGGGCCACCUCUCUACUAGUCAUACUCGCCUUGAUAUAUGCCACAGAGAAAAAACUCUUAGCAUUUAUAAAAGAACAAUAUCAUAAUAUGUAUUCCAAGAAAAAGAAAGAAUAAAUUUUAUUGUGGAU